AUGUCUAAGUCGACGUCCCAGUCUACCGAACUGUAUCUGAGGCAGAGGUUGAAAGGGCUGAAGAUACAUGAAACUUCUGAUCUACUGCAGCACAUUGAGAACAAAAAUAAGGACAUGAUCUUGAUGUGUUCUUUGCCCCCCUUGUUGACUGCACUUACGUGUAACCAAAACAAUGUUACUACUUCGUUGCGAUUUCCUCAUGAGCGUUGGAUCGAAAUCAUCUCGAAGGAGCCUAGAGCUUUCGUUUACCACAAUUUUUUGAAUAAUGAAGAAUGUGAGCACUUGAUUAGCCUUGCGAAACCUAGGAUGACGAAGUCAAAAGUGCACGACGCGAUAACUGGACUCGGUAAAGAAAGCAGUUCACGGACGAGUUCAGGAACUUUUCUUAGAAUAGAACAAGACAAAAUCGUGACAAAGAUUGAGAAAAGGAUUUCAGAAUUCACCUUCAUUCCUGUAGAAAAUGGAGAACCGCUUCAAGUUAUCCAUUAUGGAGUUGGGCAAAAAUUUGAGCCUCACUUUGACGGAUUCCAAAGAAUUGCUACUGUUCUUAUGUACCUCUCGGACGUUGAUGAAGGCGGCGAGACAGUUUUCCCUGCAGCCAAAGGAAACAUUAGUAAAAGAGGACUCUCUGUUAGACCAAAGAAGGGAGACGCUUUACUCUUCUGGAGCAUGAGGCCUGACGGUUCUCAAGACCCUUCGAGCCAACAUGGUGGUUCUCCAGUCAUCAAAGGAAACAAGUGGGCAUCAACUAAAUGGUUUCGCUUUUAAAAAAAAAAAAAAUGGUUUCGCUUUCGUGAGUUUAAGAAAUAAUAUAUUUUAGCUUUUUGAAGGUAAGCUCUUACCCCCACUAUAGUCAUGGAUCAUUUGGAUCGUCUCAAGACUGUUUUAAUGUUUCUGUCGUCAUUUGCAGGGGUUCCCAUGAUCUCUCAAACAACCUCACAAAGUUUCAUUUUUUAAUAUUCAAGUUCUACUAUGAAAACAUCAUUUAUGUGUUGACCAAAAACUACAAAGUUGGUGUUUAUUUCCAUUGGCAGAACAUGUUCUAUCAACGCGCAAAAGAAACAAAAAGAAGAAAAGAGUUCUCAUAUUUAUUCCAAAUAAAAAAUGACUUGGACACUGAAAAUGGUUCCAAA